AUGGGUUUACCGUCAUCCUCAUUAGAAACAAAUUGGUGGAUGUUUACACUUCCACCCAUAGCACUUAACAAUCUCCUCUUGGUAAUCCUACUUGCACUGUUUUCCAUUGCAUUUCUAAAAUGGACAAUCCCAAAAGGAGGUAUAGCUUGGAGAAAUAAAAGAAACCAAAUGGGUCAAAUCCCUAUACAAGGACCAAAAGGACUCCCAAUAUCUGGCAUGUUAUUCACCUUAAACCAUAACCUACCUCACCGUACACUUGCAUCCAUAGCUUCAACCCUAUCAUCCACAAAACAACUCAUGGCCUUUAGUUUAGGCUCAACCCCUGCAGUUAUCACCUCAAACCCUCACAUAGCACGUGAAAUAUUGAACUCGCCACAUUUUUCAAACCGUCCCAUUAAACAAUCUGCUAAAAGCCUUAUGUUUAGUCGUGCCAUUGGUUUUGCACCAAACGGAACAUAUUGGCGUUUGCUACGUAAAGUAGCAUCAACUAACCUUUUCUCUCCACGACGCAUUAUAGCCCACGAAGCUGGUCGUAGGCUAGAUUGCGCCGUCAUGUUAUGCUCCAUAGCUAAUGAACAAUCCAAUCAUGGAUUUGUUUGUCUAAGAAAGCACCUUCAAGAUGCAGCUCUCAAUAACGUUAUGGGCACUGUUUUUGGAAAAAGAUUAUACGACCAAGAACAAUGUCACGUUAAAGAGCUGCAUGAGAUGGUGAGGGAAGGGUUUGAGCUUUUGGGAGCUUUCAAUUGGUCUGAUUAUGUGCCUUGGAUUAGCUUCUUUUAUGAUCCUUAUCAUAUUCGCGAACGGUGCUUGGCUCUUGCUCCCCGUGUUAAGAAAUUUGUAAAGAAGAUUUUGGAUGAACAUCGAAUUGCUCCUUCUAAGAUGCUUUCGGAUGACUCUGACUUUGUAGAUGUUCUACUCUCUCUUAAAGGUGAUGAGAAGCUCCAAGAGGACGACAUCAUUGCCAUUCUAUGGGAGAUGAUAUUUCGUGGCACGGAUACAACAGCACUUCUUACUGAAUGGAUAAUGGCAGAGCUUAUUUUGAACCAACAAAUCCAAACAAGACUUCGAGAAGAGCUUGACAACGUUGUAGGAGACAAAGACAACGUUACAGAUGCUGAUAUCACAAAAAUGCCAUACCUAGAAGCCAUAGUGAAAGAAACAUUGAGACUUCAUCCAAUUGGCCCUCUACUUUCGUGGGCCCGUUUAUCCACAUCAGAUGUCCAGCUCAGCAAUGGAAUGGUGGUCCCUACUAACACAACAACAAUGGUCAACAUGUGGGCCAUAACCCACGAUCCCAAUGUGUGGACCAAUCCAUUUGCCUUCAAGCCUGAGAGGUUUUUGAAGAAUGAAGGAGGUGUAGAAAUGGAUGUGAGGGGUGUUGAUUUAAGGCUUGCACCUUUUGGAGCUGGUCGUAGGGUUUGCCCUGGUAGGAACCUAGGGCUUGUGACUGUCAGUCUUUGGGUGGCUAGAUUGGUUCACAAGUUUCAAUGGGUUCAAGAUAUGGAUAAUCAAGUUGACCUCACUGAGGUGCUCAAGCUAUCUUGUGAGAUGAAGAACCCUCUCAAAGUUGUGGCUAUUCCUAGACUUGUUUAAAGUCAAAGAAUUUAUAUCUAAGUUAUAUGUUUAAAACGUUUUGAGAAGAUAAAAUAUUUUCUAAAGAGAGACAAUUGAUUUCUCUUAUUUGUGGUGGUUUAUAUUACAUUAUGUUGCUACUGA